AUGGCUCCUGGGCAAGGGCUAUUGCUCGGAUUGCUCUUGCUCCUCGUGACUUUGAGUGAAUGCAAGAAAAAGGCUUCGUCCGCCAGUGACGUCAUCGAAGAGGUGGACAGGAAGAAACUCGAGAAAUUGGUGCACAGUGAGGAAUACCUAGCUGUCUUUUUCUAUACAAAGAGUUGUAAAGAUUGUGGUGUUAUUCUAGAAGAAUUGGAAAGGAUAGACGAUGAUGCGGGAAAUUUUGGUGUUGCAUUUGUUAAAAAUAGUGAGAAAUCCACAGCCAAGAAAUAUGGCGUUACAUCAUUCCCAGCUCUUAUGUACUUUAGGAAUCAACAACCUGCUAUUUUUGAGGGUGACCUGAAAAAUGAGGAAAAAGUGCUUGCUUGGUUAACAGAUUUAGACUCAAUGGAGUUACCCGAUAAAAUCGAAGAAGUCAAUGCGAAAAUUCUUGAGAAUUUGAUUGAGGAUAGUGACUUCUUAGCCGUUCUAUUAUAUAAAGAAGAUUGUGAAUUAUCUGAAAAAGUUUUACAAGAGCUUGAAAAUAUUGAUGAUGAAGCUGAUGCAAAAGACAUUGGUUUUGUGAAGAUUGCAGAUGAGAACUUGGCUGUUGAGUAUGGUUUAGACUCGCUCCCAGCUCUUGUUUACUAUAGAAAGAAGAUCCCAUUGCUCUAUGAUGGUGAUCUCUUUAAUGAAGAAGAGGUCCUUAACUGGUUGUUUGAGUUUCAAGAUUUAGGAGAAGAAAGUGAAGCCAUUGAAGAUGUAUCAGCUAAUAGUCUAAUGCAAAUGAUUGAAGAGUCACCCAUGCUUGCUGUUCUCUUUUAUGAUCUAGAAAAUAGAAGAUCUCAAAGAAUAUUAGAAGAGUUGGAAAGCAUCGAUGAUGACACUGAUCGUCAUGGUAUUCCGUUUGUCAAAAUAGAUGAUGAUAAAGUUGCUGCAGAAUUUGGUAUUGAUACCUUACCUGCAUUGGUCUUUUUUGAAAAACAGAUGCCAAAUUUUUAUAAAGGUGAUCUGACAAAGGAAGAAGAUGUCCUGGAUUGGCUCAUAAAACAAACGAGUUCUGAUGAGAUUGAAGAUGUUACUGACAAAGUCCUACAGCACAUGAUUAAGAAAGCACAUGAACUUGCUGUUUUGUUUUAUGACAAUGAGGAUGAAAACUGUCUGCAAAUUUUACAUGAAUUGGAAAAUAUUGAUGAUGAUGCUGAUAAAUUAGGAAUCCCUUUUGUAAAAAUUGAAGAUCAGACUUUAGCUGAAGCAUAUGGCAUAACCACUUUUCCAACUCUAGUGUUUUUUGAAAAUCAAGUUCCUAACUUUUAUAAAGGAAAUUUAACUUCUGAAGAAGUCGUCCUUGACUGGUUAAAAGAGUUGAAAGAAUCUGAUGAAAUUGAAGCUGUGUCAGAUCAAGUAAUCGAGUUAAUGAUUGACAAAUGUGAUUAUCUGGCUAUCUUAUUUUAUAAUACUGAAGAUGCUGCAGCUCAGAAAGCAAUUAAUGAAUUGGAAAACAUUGAUGAUGAAAGCGACAAAGCUGGUAUUCCUCUUGUUAGAAGUGAAAGCAAGGUCAUACCUGAUGCAUAUGGUAUUUCUGUAUUGCCAGCAUUAGUUUACUUUGAAAAUGGAGUUCCAAACAUAUACCCAGGUGAUCUAUCUAUUGAAGAAGAAGUUUUAAAAUGGCUUCUUGAACAGCAAAGCUCAGAUGAGAUUGAAGAUGUAACUUCAAAAGUCUUGGAGCAAAUGAUUACGAAAACAGAACAUUUGGCUGUAUUAUUUUAUGACAAGAAUGAUCGAAAAUCAAUGGAUGUGUUGAGAGAGUUAGAACAUAUAGAUGAUGAGGCUGAUGAAGAAGGAAUGUCAUUUGUUCGAAUUGAAGACAAGGUACUGGCAGCUGAAUAUGGCAUUGACGAUGAUCUGCCAGCCCUGGUGUAUUUUGAGAAAAGAAUACCCUCUGUCUACCAAGGGGAUUUAACCAAUGAACAGCAAGUGUGGAAAUGGCUUCAUCUUCAGUUAACAUCAGAUGGCAUUGAAGAAGUGACUGAAAAGAUUCUGUUUAAUAUAAUUUCACAUAACCAAUUUGUUGCUGUUUUGUUCUAUGAUCAUAAAUCAAAAAAGAGUGCAAAAGUUUUGAAGGAAUUGGAAACGAUAGAUGAUGAUGCUGAUCAGUAUGACAUAUUGAUUGUUAAAAAUGACAAUUUUUCGGCUGCUCAAAAGUAUGGUUUGAAAAAGCUUCCUGCAUUAAUGUUUUUCAAAGAAGGAAGUCCCAUUGUGUUUGAAGGAAAUUUGAUGAAAGAAGAAGAAGUUCUACAAUGGUUAAUUGAUCAACUUGCUAAUGAUGAAAUUGAAGACAUUAAUGAGAAUACACUUGAGAACUUGAUAGAAAAUAAUCCAUAUGUAUCUGUAUUUUUUUAUGAUAAUACAACUAAAAGUGAACAAAUUUUGCGAGAGUUAGAAAACAUAGAUGAUGAUACUGAUCGGCAUGGCAUUCCUUUUGUUCGCAUUGAAGAUGAUUCUGUUGCUAAAGAAUAUGGAAUUCUUGACGAAUUACCUAUUUUGGUGUACUUUGAAGACCGUAUUCCUAGCGUGUAUAAAGGUGACUUGAUGAAAGAAGAAGAAGUUUUAGCAUGGAUCAUCAGAAACAAGGAAGAAGACACUAUUGAAGAAGUGAAUGAUGAAAUUCUUGAAGAUAUGAUUAAAGAAUAUGAAUAUGUCCUUGUAUUUUUUGCUCCUGAUGGUUGUCCAGACUGUGAGAAAAUAUUGACUGAACUUGAAAAUAUUGACGACGAAACUGAUGACCAUGGCAUCAUGUUUGUUACUACUGACCAGCUGACUAUUGCGAAAAAACAAGCUAAAGUAAAUAAAUUUCCAGCUGUUGUGCUCUUCAGAAAUGGUGUGCCUAUUGUUUAUAAAGGUAAUCUCAAGGAUGAAGAUGCAUUGCUGAAGUGGGUUACUAGUGAAGAAGCUCUUGACAUUCCUGACAAAAUUGAAGAAGUGAAUACUCGAAUGCUGGACAAGCUACUUGAUACCUCUCCUUAUGUUGCCGUAUUAUUCUAUAAAGAAGGUAAUCCUGAAUGUGACAAAGUUCUGGCUGAAUUAGAAAAUAUUGAUGAUGAUGCUGAGACAUUUGAUAUUGAUUUUGUCAAAAUUUCUGACCCUGAAAUUACUGAAGAGUACAGCAUUGUGUCCUUUCCAACAUUAGUUUUCUUUAGAAAGAGGUUCCCUCAAUUUUAUGAAGGUGACUUGAUGGAUGAAGAAAAAGCGCUGAAGUGGCUUGUGGAAAAUAAAGAAAAGAAAGACGAUAUGAUCGACUUUGUUGAUAAAAAGAUGAUUGAUGUUCUGCUUGAUGAUGUAGAUCACAUUGUCAUUUACUUUUAUGAAAAGGGCUGUGCUGAGUGUGACAUUAUAAUAAGUGAGCUUGAAAAAAUUGAUGUGGAUGCAAAACGCCAUGGAAUACAUUUCGUAAAAACUGACGACGUUCGACUUGCAGAAGAGUUAGGUGUAACAGAAUUUCCAACUUUAGUUUACUUUGAACACAAAAUUCCAAGUAUUUUUUCAGGAGAUUUGAUGAAUGAAAACCAGGUGCUGGAAUGGUUAAUGAAAGAGAAAAAUGAAGAUACCAUUGAAAAUAUCAACAGAGAAAUGUUAUUCAAACUCAUUGAAGACCAUGAGUUCCUUGCAGUAUAUUUUUACCUUGAAAAUGACAAAGAAAGUGAGAACGUUGCAGUCCAUUUAGAAAAAAUUGAUGAUGAUUGCAGUGAAUAUGAUGUGCAUCUUGUAAAAAUGACAGAUAAAGUAAUGGCUAAAAAGCAUGGUGUUAAAAAUCCACCCGGCCUUGUGUUUUUCAGAAAUGGAAAUGCAAUUAAGUAUCCAGGAAAACUGAAAGAUGAAGAGGAAGUUUUGGAAUGGCUGACUAGUCCUGAAAAUAUGGCAGUUAGCGACAUUAUUGAGAAAGUUAACAAAAGGAUGUUUGAGAGGAUUUUACACAGAUUUGACUAUGUUGCAGUUUUUUUCUAUUCAAAAGUUGGUUGCAAAACAUGUGCCAAAGUCCUGGAUGAAUUGGAGAAGGUUGAUUCUGAAGCAGAAGCAGAAGGAAUUCAUAUUGUAAAAAUUGAUGACAGUAGUUUUGCGAAAAAGUAUGGAGUUUUUGCCUUUCCUGCAAUACUGUUUUUCAGAGGUCCUGAAGCUGAGCCUAUAAUAUAUGCUGGUGAUAUGAAAAAUGGCGACAGGAUGCUUGACUGGCUUCUUACCCAGAAAGAUCCAAGUGCUGAUAUCAUUGAAGAAAUUGAAGGAGAUGAAUUAAGGAAUAUGAUUGAAACUGCAGAUCACCUUGCCGUCUUUUUCUAUGAUAAAAAUCUAUGCUCUAAUUGUGACAAUGAGAAUAUUGACACCAUGGAAUGUGAAGAUUGCCAGAUUAUUAUGGAUGAGUUGGAAAAUAUUGAUGAUGAUACAGAUCGAAAUGGAAUUCAGUUUGUCAAAACAACAGACUUAAGUGUUGCAAAACAUUAUGGAAUAAAAAUUACACCAGCCUUAGUUUACUAUGAAAAUCAGGCUCCUAGUAUUUUUGAAGGAGAUCUUGCUGAUGAAGAUGAGGUCUUAGAUUGGUUGCUUCAUCAAAAGUCAGAAGACACAAUCGAAACUGUUAAUAAAGCAAUGUUGGAAAAAUUAAUAGAAGAAAUCCAAUACCUGGCAGUGUUUUUCUAUAAACCUCAUUGCCGUGCUUGUGAAGUUGCUUUGCUUGAAUUGGAAAAUAUUGACGAUGACACCGAUCUGUAUGGAAUAAGUGUUGUGCGAAUUUAUGACAUCCAAGUGUCCAAACGCUAUGGCAUUAAAACAUUCCCGGCUCUUGUGUAUUUUAGAAACGGAAAUCCUUUGAUCUAUGAUGGAGAUUUGAAAAAUGAAGAGUCUGUAUUAGAAUGGCUGAUUGAUGAUGAUAACCGAGAACUGCCCGAUGAAAUUGAAACCAUUAAUAUUAGAAUGCUGAAUAAAUUGGUUGAAGAAUCUCCAUUUUUAGCUGUCUACUUCUCUGAAGUGGAUUGCUAUGAAUGUGAACGAGUGCUUAUGGAGUUAGAAAACAUUGAUGAUGAAUGUGAUAUUUUUGGUAUUGAUUUGGUGAAAAUAUUUGACCCUGAAGCACGACGACAAUAUAACGUGGAAACUGUUCCAGCCAUUGCUUUUUUCAGAAAGCAAGUUGCAAUGUUUUAUGAAGGUGACCUUUAUGAUGAGGAAACUUUACUGAAGUGGCUAACCAGCAACGAUGUUUUUGAAAUUGAAAAUGAAAUUGAAGAAGUAAAUAGAAAAAUGCUGGAGAAAUUGCUUGAGGAAAAUGAAUUUGUUGCUGUUUUCUUUUAUGAAAACAACUGUGAAAAGUGUGAUGAAGCUUUGGGUGAAUUGGAGCGCAUUGAUGAUGAAGCUGAUGACUUAGAUAUAAUGUUUCUGAAAAUAAAAGAUCCUCGAUAUGCCAAAAAGUUUGGCAUUGCCCAGUUGCCUUCCUUAGUCUACUUCAGGAAAAAGUUUCCUUCAGUAUAUAAAGGAAAUUUGUUGGAAGAAGAGGAAGUUCUCGACUGGCUAAGGAAAAAUAGGUAUCGUCAUCCGGAACUGAAUCUUUUUAUGUAUGGAUUAGCAGCAAUAAGUUUAAGUUUCGUUCUAUAUACCAUUGUUUUAAUUUAUUGCUUCAAUAAAAAUAAAGACAAGAAAGAAUAAAGUGAGAGGAACUCAAUACAUGCUUUAUCUGUGAAGAAAUGGACCUCGGUGAAGGGGAAAUUCCAAUUUUUCCCUUUGGAAAGAGAGGAGAUUAUUUCUGCUGAACUCUAAGGAAAUGAAAUUGUGUACAGUCAGAUCAGCUUUAUUCACCUUUUCUGCAACUUUGCUUGACCAACAUUAUCGAUAUUUUGUAUAUAAAAUGGAAAAGAAAGAGCUCUAUAUUCAUACUAAAUGUAUGUACAUCAUGCAUUGAUUAUACUAUGUAGCUCUUUGGUGUAGUACAUGUGUGCAUAAUAUCUAUAUGCACUUGUAUGUACAUAUAUAUGCUGAGACACGUAACUAAAAAUUUUUAAGCUACAUACAAUCUGACCUGAAUAUAAGAUCACCCCUCGGGACUUCUCGAAGCUUACCUUAUAAGUGGGGCGACCUUAUAACCACUUCAUAAAUAUUUAUUGAUAAAUAAGCAUGUAUAUAGUACAUUUAUUCUUUGUAAAAUUUAAUAUGUUCAAGAAUAUCAGUUAAUUAGUUUUUUAUAGUUGAAUCGAUUUGAACCAAUUAAAAUUUUUGCAAUCAAUAAGGAAUUUUAAAAUGAUUUUUUAAAACUUUCAUUUAGAAUAAAGCUGCAUACAAAAAUGCCCUAGCAAAGUCUUGAUGUGCAAAUUACCUUAGUUAAAAUUAUCAUUAAUACAGGACUAAUGCAUUUUUCUUUAAUUUAAGCACAAAAUUUUCCAAGUAUUUUCUGAAAACUUUCUUUGUCUUCUCACAACUGGUAAACUAGUGUGAUAUGUAGAUGCUGAAUGCCCAUGUUACUGCUUCAUAUUUUAGUAUCACUGUUGUAAUGCUCGCUUCUACAUGAUUCUGUACCCUAUAUGCUAUGUUAAUAGGAAAAAUGAUUUUUCGCUUUUUAAGGAUUGUACAUAUUGUGGAAAAUUCUUGAAAGUGAAUCUGUUAGGCACUGAAAUCAUUCAAAAAAAAAAAAAAAAAAGCUUACAAAAGUGACCUUAUAAGCGAUUAAUGUACUAUGUCCUUACCAUAUAUGUCCAAUAAUACAUAACACAGAAUUCCUAUUCAGUGAGCCAAGACUUUAGAAAAGUGACUUUAUAUGCAAAGUGACCUUAUAAGUGGGUGAUCUUAUAUCAAGGUCUGACUGUAUAUAUCUUUAAAAGCAAUAGCUAUGUUGUUUCUGCAAUACAAAGAGAUGUAAAGAAGCUUAUUUUGAAAAAGUUGCAUUUUAUAAGAAUUAAUUAAUGAAUUGUUGGAAUUGCAGUGUGUCAAGAUUUUAUUUGCUAAUGCUUUUUAAUCACUGCCAUUUUUUCAAUUAUUUUUCUUUUUGCUUCCAUCUUGCACUUACUAGUGCCCAACAACAAACACUAUACACCACAUUUUGCUGACUCUAAUCUGCGUGCCUUCAUUCUGUAUGCUGGAGAACACAAUUGGUAACAUAAUUUCUCUUCUGUUAGACUUUUGAGCUGUUUUAGAGUAAAAUUGGCAUGAUGAUUUCUAAACUGUAGUUAGUUUUCUUCUACUACGCUUGGUUUUUUUCUCUACACCUUAUGUGCAUGUGACCACUUUUUGCAUAUCGCAGAAUACCCCAUUAAUUAUACAGGGUAUCUGCUACAUUUAGUUUUCAAAUCCAUGAUUUUCCACAACCAUGGAGUGCAAAGUUUCAGAAAACAUGCAUUUUUCACUAGAAUUGUCUAAAUUAGUGCUUUAAAAAUAAUAUAGACAAUUCUAGUUUAAUUUUUCAGCUGUGCUUUGCACAUAACAUAUGAAAACUCAAAUUGAAGCCUAACGUAGCAAAGCUGAGCUACUAUUACAACUAAAAAAACAUUGAAAGCAUUAUAUGAUUGAACACUUAGAAAAUCAUGCAUAUUUGAUUGCCGUCCUAACAUUUUUAACUUACUGUUUAGAGGAAUUUUGUUUUCUAAACUCUUCAUAAGUUCGAAGUAAACCCUUGUAAAAAUUAGAAAAAGAAAAAACAGAGAACAAUAGGGGAUGUAUUAGUUUUAAUUGACUCAGCUGCAAAUAGUUUAACAUUUUUAAGUGGGCGAAUAAAAAUAACAAGUAUGCAACUCUUCAAUUACAGAGUAUAAAAUACAAGGAGGGUUAAACAGUAAUGGUAAACAUAAAAAUAUUUAGGUCCACGCCAUAGAAACACAACGUAAACAAUAACUAGCAAGUUUUACAGAAGCCGAUGCGAUUGGACUUCAAAAUGCAUAAAAAAUGGGAAUUUACAUGUAAAACUGUAAAUAGCAGCUAAAAUGCAUGAAAUUUACACCUAAUUGACAGACUUAAGCACUUAUGUCUGUUCCAGAACUCGAAAUUUUGACCAAUUGUCAAUUUGUGUGCUUUUUGAGUUUUUUUUUUGCUGAAAAUCAUGAAUUUUCAUGACAAGUUUUGAUCAUGAUCAAAAUAAUUUCCUAAAUGUGGCGGAUACCUUGACUAUACUUCCACUUUCACUUUAUUGCAGCAAAAAAUUUAAUUUUCAGAAAAGAAAUUUUUUAUAAUUCUGUGUUUAUCAGCAACACACAAGUUUUUUUUUUUUUUUGUGUGUGUUGUGCAUGAAAUGUAUGUAAUAAUUGUUUAAAUCUUUUUUUCUUGUCCUUAAUGUUUUCAAAAAUGUUAUGUUUUUUAAAUUGAUUGCUUUGAUACCUGUGUAUAGCCUAAAAACGUGACGUGAUUGAGCAAAAAUGAGAUUGUUUUUGAACUCAGAGGCCGUAAGUUAUUCUGAAAUAAGUCACAGGUCUAAGACAGCUAAAUUGCAGUUAUCCAGGGUAAUCUGAUUUUUUUUUUUUUUUUUUUUUUUUAAAUUAUCGCAUUACAACUAGCAACCAUAUUCAUAAAGCUGCUGCAUUCGAUUAUACCCUUAGUACAGCAUUAUUUUCUCUCGGGUUUUCUUAUAAGCUUGAAAAAGUUUUCACUUGUCUUUUUUGUAGAACACAAGGCCAUCAAAAUCAUUCAUUAACUUAUGUCAGUCAACGACUGAAUCAUAUCAUUACUGUCUCUUUGUUUUUAGUCUAGUCGAUAUUUUACUAACUUAUAAUACAUGGACUUAUAAGUUAAUUUUAAAGUUCAUUUAUAAUCAUAAGAUUAAGAUUCCUUUUUCGUUCCCCCUCUAAAAAAGGCAAAAUUAAUAGUUGCUAUCAGCCACAUGGUGACUAAAAUUUGAAAGUGGAGGUUAAAAACCACCUGUCUAUUGCCACCCGAUCGCUAUCACAAAAGAUAAGCUAAUGACCUUAAAAGCAUUGAUUCAGGUUUACUUUUCUUGUGCCUGUAUAUUUAUAUGUAUAUUUUUUUUCAUCAGAACAGCUAGCAUUAUAAAAAAACAUACAAAUAUACUAAUGCAGUCUGCUCUUUAAAAUUAUAAAGAGGUUGCUCAAUGUUGACUUAUAUGUGUAUUUUUCAUGUAUGUGAUGUUUUGGAGGCAUAAGGACUUCCUCUUACAUUCAAGUUUUACCAUUAUCUAACAAACAUACAUUUCACUAAGAGCUUCCAAUCAAAAUUUAUUCAUCACAUUUGUACGCAAAUGUAUGUAGAGAUUGGAAAUUUUAAUUUUGAAGCAUUGUGGCUGAUUUUCAUCAUAAAUAUAAUUACCAAUGUAAUCUUUAAAUGUUGCCUUGUUUUUUUUUUUUUUUUUUUUUUUUUUAAAUUGAGUUCUUAAAAAUAGUUUCUAGGUGAAUUUGAAAAAAAAAAAAAUCUGUAGAUUUUUUUUUUUUUAACCGUAGUUAUGAGAAAAGCAAUUGCAGUAAUAUUCUUUAGCAUUCUUUCCAAUGCAGUUCCUAAUUUAAUCUUGAAAAAGUCUGUUUUUGAAGUUUACAUAAUUUUUAUUGUACCAUAAAGCAUUUUACAUUGAAUACAAGGAACAAAAUGAUGCUAAAAUCAAAAUUAAGAUUUUCAACUUUUUCGUUUAAUACUAAGCUGCGUUGUUUUCAUUGAUUUAGUACAUUGUUGCUGUAGGAUUGUUAAUGGUGGAAGAAAAAAAAUUAAAGCCAAUAAUUUCAUCAAAAAAUAAUUCUGUUUGAAUUUGUCUGCUUGUCAUUUGUUUAUACUGUAAUUAUUAAAUUGUACCCAUCAUGUGAAUAAACUGUCAAGAGCA